UGCACUUUACGAAAGAUAUUGAUAAAGGGUUGCUGCGUGCUUUGUUUUGACUGAAGUUUCACUUUGAUUGGACAAAUUUCCAUUCACUUUUCAUGUAGGGACUUUGCUAUUUUUGGUUCGGGAUCAUGACGAUGUGCUUGUGUCAUUUUCUGUUUGUGUAUAUGUGUGUCACCGCAUUGAAAAAGAUAGUUCGUGACGUAAUGAUCCUCUAAUCUAGCUAAGGUAUGUGACGUCAUAGAUCAAUGCAUUUGUUGUCUUUAACCUUUUUCAUGCGGAAAAACGGAAGUUAAAUGUUAUAUAAAGUUAUAUGGAUAAAUACAAGAAUAUAACAUAAAGAAGCUGCGAUCCCUUGCUAUCCGGUCCCGCAGUACUGCACACGAUGCCUAUCCGUUUAAAGCAUUCGGCUAUGCACAUACAAUGGUCGAUCAACCAGUUAAUCCUUUCAAAUAAUGGUUAUUCUUCCUAGUUACGGGCGGUUGAACAUUUGCAAGUCUCGAGCGGUGUAUAGAGCGGUAUUGAAAUACCGUUUAUAAACAUAAUGGGCCAGAUCAUUUUACACUGCGCAUGAAUACAUGAGGUGAACACUGGUGAAAUUUAAGUUUAUGCAACUUCAACGGCUAGACCCGACAUUGUCAUAAUGGUUUCGUAACAGGAACAAUUACUAUUGGAAUUUACAUUUCAACAUUGUUUGUUUUUGAUUUCUUAUUGAUUUUGUGUCCUUCGAAAUUAGAGAAAAAAUGUGUUUGUUGAAAAUAACUGUUAUAACGUAGUACAGUUUGUUUUGUUGUAUAAACUCUGCAAACUAUGUAAAUAUACAUAGAAAAAUGGAUGGUGCGUCAUUUAAUUGAAAGCAAUAGCAUAUCAGCGCGAUUAAGGCACAUCCUUGUUCUGUUAGCAAUUAAAUCAAAGGACGACAUCUUUAGUUUUGAAAUGAUUGUGGUGAAUCCUGAGUCAAAAUGAGAUUCCAUUUAAAGAAAACCGUAAUAUGGACUCUGACCGGUUUCUGUUUCGUGUUUUUAACAUUAAACAUUUACAAUCAGGGCAUUCUGCAACCACGGAUCAAACUGGCACCUUUGUGGGGAGAAAACGUCGAUGUGAUUACCCAUGUAUUUCAGCGAGACAAUAUUGGACGUAAUGUCACCAACGGGACUGCUGUCGUCGCCGCAAGAGAAGCGCGUUUCAACGUCACCCUAGACGAGAAGAAGCUGGCUGGUCCUCUGAGUGGGUAUUCGUUGAGCUCAGACACCAAACAGCACCCGAGCAUGUUGGAUAAACAGGUUGUAUGGCCGGAUAAGAAUUUCUACGAAAACGACAGGAUCGUCAAUCAGCUCAAACAUCAACCGGACUGGGUGGCGAAAGCGGGGGAGAGUAAGGAGGAAAUUCCCUUGAAGAAGAUUCUUCUGUUUAGUAGUCUUUCAAAUUGGAGUCUAAAACGCGGCAGGCAGACUUUUAUUGAUCAGAAAUGCACGGUGAAUACGUGCGAGGUUACAGACAGUCGCGAUGCAGCGACAAACGCAGAUGCGGUGUUGUUUCAGUCACCUCAAGCCUCCUGGCCAAACCGUCCUCCGAAUCAGGUGUGGAUUCUGUUCAUGUUGGAAUCUCCAUACCACACACCGGGGCUGUUCCCAUAUGCAAAUCAGUUCAACUGGACUGCUACCUACCGGCACGAUUCAGAUAUCGUAGCGCCGUACGAGAAAUUCGUCCCUUUUAACGAAAACGUCCAAACCAUUCCGCAAAAUAAAAGUUACGCUGCGGGAAAAACAAAAAAGGUGGCGUGGUUCGUUUCGAACUGCGGCGCUAGAAAUACUCGUUUGGAAUAUGCAAAAGAGUUGGGAAAAUAUAUCGAUGUGGAUAUUUAUGGCGCUUGUGGGUCGCUUCAAUGCUUAAGGUCGGAAACAAAGUGCUACGAUAUGCUCAACUCGGAUUACAAAUUUUAUUUGUCGUUUGAGAAUUCCAACUGCAGGGAUUACAUAACGGAAAAAUUCUUCGUUACCGGGUUGCAACAUGAAGUUAUCCCAAUCGUGAUGGGCGGUGCCCCGGAGGACUAUGCGCGCGCAUCACCGCCUCAUUCAUUCAUCCACGUUGACGAUUUCCAGUCACCGGAAGAGCUGGCGAAGUAUCUGCGCAUGCUCGACGAAAACGAUGAUCUCUACAACGCGUACUUCCGCUGGAAAGGAACCGGAAGUUUCAUAAACACGUUCUUUUGGUGCCGCAUCUGCGCGAUGCUGCACGAUACGUCACGUGCAUCGAACGUUUACCGUGACCUUGAGAAGUGGUGGCGUGGACCGGAAGUAUGUAUUGGCCAAGACUCGUGGCGGCAACAUCAAAGGACUUCGAAGUAUAUAGUAGAGGAUUAUCUACUCUAGUUUAUUUUGAAUCAAUGUGGAAAACAUUACUUUUAUAGUACGUAGUACAAUGUGAGGUAGAUGCUUUUGGAAAGAUAUUUUAAAUUAGAAGAGAACAUAUUUAAACGCACGGUAUGUCCGGUACGCUCUAUGAGUCAAUAAUGUACUGUGGUUGAUUCAAUGAAUAUAAUACCGUUUGUGGAGAGGCUUAUUUACAAAUAUAUACCGGGUUUGAUAGGUUCGGGUGCGCUUCGAGAUUUGCAAAUGUACUCGUGGAGAUAAAUCUCACAUUAUAUUAAUUUGCGUGAUUUGAUCCAUAAUUCUUUGAGUUUACUUGUCCUUUUAGAGAAAUCCGGUCAAAUACAUUUGCAAAGAAAACAUCAAAUGUGACGAUUGGCAUUUUUUUGUUUCGAAAUCACUUGAUUGUAUACGCCUUAGGCUUGGCGAUAUCCGGUUAAGCGGUGAACUGAACAGAAUAUUUGGAUAACGAGAAUAUACCUAACAUAGUGAUUCAUAAAUUGUUAACUUAUGAAUGGGUCUGAUCUAACAAUAUGAUAAUUUAUAUAUAAAUUGUAAUGGAUAUCCAUUAAACAUUUUAUUCACGUGCUAAGGUGAACAUUUUAUCUUGGAUUGAUGAUACAAGUUACCGAAGCGAAAAUGGAUAUUGAAUUUUAACUAGUGUAUAUGUGGCGUUCCGCAAUGUUUUAAGAGAGUUUCCUGAUGUACGUCCGUGUUGAUGUGCGUUUAAGUUUAGGUAUGGUUGCGCGCCUACACCGCUAGGAUAAGUAGAACAAAAUUGUUUCAAAUAAUCAUUUGAGCCCUGCUCUUUGAAAAGAGGGUUAAAUGAGUUUGCGUAAAGUGUCGUCCCAGAUUAGCCCGUGGAGUCCGCACAGGCUUAUCAGGGACGACACUUUCCGCCUAAACUUGAAUUUUCCUACUAGGAGACUUUAUUGAAACGAAUUUACAUGUAUAAUAAAAUUGGAUAGUGUCGUCCCUGAAUAGCCUGUAUGGAUUGCACAGGCUAAUCAGGGACGACAAUUUACGCUCAUGCAUUUAACCCCCUUUUCACAGAGCAUGGCCCAUUUUUUAUCCAUGCAUAUCACUUUAUCUCACUUUGACCAUGACAAGGAACUAAUGUGAAUUUAUAAUUAUUCAUUUUGAAUAUUGCUUGUCGCACCUACAACGCUCACUAUAGCACUACGAUACUUAUUUACAGCUGUUUUUAUUAGCAUCCCUUAUCCAUUCAUGUCAUACUGUCUCAUUUAUCCUGGACCUUAUAAGGACUGAAAUAGAUACUCUAGCCUCAGGUGAAGUGUGCACAUUUAUCGAACGCUUGUGUGUGUUUUGUUUUGCUUUCCUUCCCGUGUUUGUGAUAUCUGCUGCAUUUGCACCAUUCCACAUAUCGAAUUCAGCAUAUCGAUGGCAUAUAGCGCAUAACUAUGAUUAUUUUAUAUGUAUUGUAUACAAAUACUUAGUAGCUGUUUUACGCACAGCAUGCAGAAAUCAAAACUGUAGAGAUCAGCCUAAAUAUUUGAUACAUACGAUCGUUUUUACUUCUAUUGUAAAUAGAAAACUGUGAUAAAACGAUUAGCGAGUUCAUUCAAAGUGUGUAUCACUUUAUUUGUAUGUUGAGACUGCGGUACGUUCACCUUAUGAUCAUGGAGACGGGUUGAAUGGUUCAUUUAUCAAGCGAAUCAUGGUAAUGGACCCCUAAGCUAAACAUACAAAAAUGACAACAAAAUCGUGUUCUCGAUCUAAUUAUGUAUCCUUUCAUGAUUACAUAGGUAUUUUGAAUGUCGUAUCGACGCCCAUGCACAUAAACGCUGCGUUUUACUGGCGAGGAUUAGAUCAAAUUCCGGAUUCAAUCCCAUUUAUUGUAUAGUGUGCAAUGCGAAGUGUAUGCAUUUAACGUGGUUGCAAACAAGUAUUGCAAUCUUAACUGACAAAAUAAUUAGUUAAUUAAUUGUUAACAUGUUAUUAUUACGUUGUCGACAAAAUUUGUAUGCGAUCGAAGCAGACAUAUUUUCACCACGCAGUACCUCCGUCAAUCACUUAGCACUCUUGGUAUUCCGCUUUUUUACUCAAUGUAACAGUUAGAGGUCAAGGUCAAAGUUUGGCAAUAAAACACCUUGAAAAUUCCUGUCACAGUCCGUCUACCUUAGUUUAUUGGGUUAGUGUUAGUCCUAAGUUUUAGGACUAAGUAUUCAGCGGUCUUAGUUUUCUAAUUUUAAUUAAUAAUAUUUUGAAUAAUAACAAUAAGAAGACGACAUGUCGUGUUAAACACCUGUCUCCCUACAUAAAAGGUCAACUAGAAGAUCAAAUUUAGUCAUAAUAAAACUAGUACACACUGUAACCUUGUAAUUCAUGCAUUUUUUAAAUAUCUCACUACGAAUGACUUGGUGACACCGAGUUUAAAACCUGACUCAUUAACUCAAAUGUUAAGGUAACAUGUAGAUUUUAUAAGUCAAAUUCGAUCAUAAACAUAUUGUUUCGGACACGACAAGAGGCUUCAGACAAAAGAGGAAUGUGGGAACACCCGUGCCUUACAGACACAUGUUUUGAUCCAAAAAUAUUACUGUAUAAAUCCCAAAUUAUCGUCGUGCUUUUUUUUAAAUAAUCGAAUUUAAUAUCGAAUAAAAUAAUUUUCCAAGUUUUGUUUUGUAAAAGCCGUAAACAGUCGAUAGUGCCUUACCGUGGUUUAUGUUUAUUUGCGAAAUAAAUUAUUAGUUUAAAUAUCAACUAGUAUGUUAACUACACAAUACCAAUAUACAUUAGCACAAUAUCAAUGUGUCCACAUGAUAUCAUGUGUGUUGUUGUUUAACGUUAUAAUUAAAAUAUACAUGUGCAGAUGUAUGCAUGACAAGUUGUAUAACUUAUUUAACUUUCAUAUCCGGUUACAUAGGUUUUACAAAGUGCUUAACGUGAACAGGUGAGCCGGUGUUUACAAAGGCUGUGGACUCUGUAUCAGUGCAUAAUGUCAAUUGUUAUGAGCCUGUGAAAAGGGGGGUUAAAUGCAUGUGCGCAAAGUGUCGUCCCAGAUUAGCCUGUGCAUUCCGCUAAUGAGGGACAACAUGUCCCGCUUUUGUGAUAUUUUUUUUUGUUUCAAAAAAGUCUCUUCAUACUAAAAAUAUAGUUUAAACGGAAAGUAUCGUCCCUGAUAAGUCUGUGCGGACUGCAUGGGCUAACCUUGAACGACACUUUACGCACAUGCAGUAAACCCCCUUUUCACAGAGCGCGGCUCUUUAUGUUUUACUUGUUAUGAAAUCCUUAUAUUUUUAUUGUUAAAUACAUUCCGCAAUAUUUAUUUUAUGAGCGAGCUCAGUACUUGUAUAAGUAUGAUUGUUAUUUUUGAAUGUUACAUUAUUUUCACGUUUCAUAUAAAUGUCAUUGUUAGAUGUUAAGGGACUGCGUCUUCGAAAAGAUUCUCAAAGUGGGCAAUAUCUAAUAAAAACAGAUAUUCAGAUAUUAUAAUGACAAUCGUUAGAAACACAGGUGGUUAGCGUGUGGCUAUGAUAUAAAUUAGUGAACACAUCAUUUUGAAUGAUAAAUAAUCAUAUUAUAUCGAAAAAUUAACUAUCAAAUACAUAUAACAAGGUAUCCAACUCGAAAUCACCCGAAAACGGGGUGCAUCGCUUUGAACAGCCAUUACUUCAUCAAUUAUGCAGCGAUUUUCAUGAACCCGGUCUUAUACAACGCGGAAAUGAAUUAUCUUUCUGGAAAUGUAUAUUUUUUUGCAAUAUUUUUACAAAUACUGGGUCAACUUUUAAGAAAUAACACGAUACACAGCUCGCGUGACCCAGUUAACAUCGAUCAGACAGUAUUCAUGACUGAAAUCUUCACAGAGUAAAGGGCAUUUUCCCUGCAAAGUUCAGGGACCUCAAUACCAUAAUUCAAUAAAACGUAUGAAAAAACAUUCUUACCGUGCUUGCAUUAUGCAUCAAAACUAACUGUCCAGCGCCGUUUGAAACCUUUGUUUACUACAUUUCAACUAACUGACAUUUUAAUCACACGAGUGAUUUCAUUGGUCCAAUGCGAAGGUGUGUCUUUACAACUGGAUACUUCAUUCAUGAAUACUGUCUGAGCAUUGUCAAGUAAGUCAUGCGAAUUGUGUAUCGUGUUAUUUCUUAAAUUUUGACCCAAUAUGUGUAGAAAUAUAACAAGAUAUAUACAUUUCCAGAAAGGAAGUUCAUUUAUCAUUCAUUCAAAUCUAUGUAUCUUCUUCGUUUGGCCAUUUGUAUGAUAACCGUUUCGCAUCAUGAUUGUGGGUAUUUUCUUUAACCAUAUUUAACCCUCAAUUUUUAUAAAAGUUUUAUAAAAGCAUGAAAGCGCAGUAAGUAUUAAAAGACUCCCGAGUCCUUGUUUCGAUCGCCCAUUUGUUUCUUGUUUUCUUGUGUGCAUUUUUGUCAAAAUAUAUUUUUGUAUAAGACAUAUUUAAAGUUGCAUUCAUUUUUAUGACGUUCAUAUCUUAUCAUUCACUCGUACUAACCAUAUCUAUCAUUCAUAUACUCGCACUUACAUUUAUAUUGUUAUUGAAAUCCAAUUUUUCGACGAUAAAGGAUCUUGCGAAAAUAAAGAUGAGCUUUUCAUUUCUGUAAAAUAUCUUUUUGUGCGAUGUCAUUUGUAAAGCAAGUUUUUGUAAUACAAACGAGGAAUAACCCUAUGUUUACAUGUACAUGAUGUUGGAAACAUAGGGUUCAUGAUUGUGUCCACUUGUGACGCUUCUCAUUUAACCUUUGUUCUUAUGAGCUAUACAUGAUGGAAAGUACUAUUUUAUUUUUGCGAAAAUGAGACGCUUCUAAAGGUCCAUGUCACAAAAGGUCCAUGUCACAAAAAGUGUAUGUCACACUUUGAGGUUCAAUGAAAAAUUGUAUCAUUGAAUUGGUUGGAGUUGGCCUUUGAUAUUGACAUAAAUUGAGCUUUGAAACUAAUAUGCAAUGGAUAGGCACCUGUUGCCUGUGGACACAUGUCUUGUUUGUAUAUUUAUUUAAUAUGUUCAUCUUUAAUUCAGGUUUAAACUGCAAAUACUUCGGAUUUGAUUAAUAAACAAAUGUGUUCAUAUCAGA